CGAGAAAAUACAAAACUCCAGGCUCUAAUUCCAGCUUCCUCGUUCGUUAGUCUAGAUAAUAAGUAAGUCCUCCUCAUGAAAACGAAGCCCUAAAGAAACCAUAUUUCGCAGGAGAGGCCCAAAACUAAUCAAACACUACCUCAUGGAAGCGAUGCAUUCACCAGCCCUACCCUCACAACCCAAGAUGGCCCUCCAAUCCCUGCCCAACGAGCUCCUCCUAAUGGUAACGGAAUACCUCUCCCCAACCGACAUUAAGCACCUCAUCGAAACAAGCAAACAGUUGUCAACAAUAACGAAGCCCCUCCUGGACCAGAUCGCAAUGCAAGACAAAGAGGGCCUCACCUCACUCUGCUGGGCCUCCAAGCAUGGCCACACAUCACUUGUAUCCCUCCUUCUAAGAAUGGGGGUUGAUAUCACUGUUCCGAGCGGCCGCUUCGACGGCACGCCACUCCAAUGGGCGGCCUUCUUCUCCCAGGAAACCAUAGUCCACCUCCUCCUAUGCCACAAUGCAAAUCCAAUGGCCCGCGACCGCUUCGGCGCGACAGCCCUCCAUUCAGCGCUACACAGUGACGAGCACACAAUCCACCUACUCCUGGAACAUGGUGCGGAACCCAAUGCCGUGGACAUCGACGACGAGACACCACUGCACUACGCCGCCUUCUGCGGAAACACCGCAAUGAUUAGAAUACUGCUAGAGCAUGGCGCCGACGUCAACUUCCGGAACGCGGACGAUGAGGUCCCGCUUCACCAUGCGGUGGAUAUAUAUGGGAAAGCGUCGCUAGGGGAUCAGAGGGAGGCGUUGGAGAUACUACUGUGUGCCGGUGGAGACGUGCAUGCUCGGGAUUACAUGGGGAGGAUGCCGCUGCAUUGGGCCGCGGAGAAGUGCCACCUGAAGGCUACCGAGGUGCUGCUCGAGGCGGGCGCUGAUGUGCACGCUAGGGAUUCAAACGGCGAUACGCCGCUGCACCUGGUUGCUAGAGCACAAAAGGGGCAGAAUGGGAGGGAAGUUGAGGGGGUGUUAAUCUCCAAGGGGGCUAGCUUACUCGUGAGCAGCUUCGUGGAGAGAUCGGUGGCUGCGCUGGGUAGGAGGUACGGCCUCGUAGGUUUGAUCGGGGGGUCGGGCGAUAAGAGAACAGCUCAGGAUUUACAACGGGGGGAGAAAAAGAAGAAACUAAGGAGGAUUAGAGCACUUCUGGAUCAGCAGUAAUUGGCGGUGGAGUUAUCGUUUCCUCGGGACCGGUUCGGGAUAGACUCAUUCAUAUUUUUCUAGCGUUGGUGUUCAUGUCUUCAAUUCCAUUUCAAUGUUUAAUUCACAGAUAUAUGUAAACUUUACCAGAACAUGUCUUCCACGGGGAAACCCGGGAUUCCCUAGAACCAGUGUAAGAUGGCAAUCAGUCGAGUGUGCAGCAAGUUUAUAUCGUGGUCCGUCUGGUCCAAAUUCGCAGAGACAAGAUAACCGGGCCGGACGUAUAAAGGUACUGUACCACCCACAACUGCGCGCUGGUACAGUACUGGUAUCAGAAGCGUAGACUUUAAAAACUUGCACCAUGAUUCAUCGGGACGGGCCGACGAUCAGAAAUCCACAUUCCACCUAUGAUACCGGGAUCAUCAUGAUUACCGAUGAGAGCAAAUCCCAAGAGAACACCACUCUGUACGAU